AUGUCUUCAACGAAGGAAGUACUACUGCAAUGGAAGGCUUAUCUUUCUCAUCAGCUGAACGCUGCAUGGACACAAGUGAAAACACAUCCUGCCUAUGAUUAUAUGGAUCGGAGGAUCUAUCGAGAACAUGUGCUGCCGUUCUAUUCCGAACACAUUGAAAGCCAUCUAUCUCCGACUUGGAUUCAUAACGCAACCAUUGCAGCAUCCACUUUGUUAAUCUAUGGAAUAGGAAGAAGAAUUUACAAGACAGGAUUCAUGAGAAUUAAAUCCAAUGCCCAACUCACAGAAAAAGAUUUCUCCUCUCACAGAAAGCUUAUUGGACGCGUGCCUCAUGUUGGCGAUAGCGACAAUUUCCGAAUCAUUCAUUUUCCACCCUUGUUGAGUCCAAUUUAUUCGUUACUUCCCAUGAAAAAGAAGAAAUCUCUGAGUGAGGAAACCAUUCAUGUUCGGUUGGCUGGUAUUGAUGCUCCUGAAUGUGCUCACUUUGGAAUGCCAGGUCAACCCUAUGGAGAGCAUGUGAAAGAAUGGCUCACCAAAUUUCUCCUUAAUUCCAAAGUCCAAGUGUAUUUAUUGAAAAAAGAUCAAUAUGGAAGAGCUGUAGGUUCGGUGUAUGUCAGAAAAUGGUGGUACUAUUUGUGGAUGAGACGACUCAAUGUGAGUGAAUACAUGUUAAAAAAAGGAUAUGCCGUAUGUUAUGAAGGAGAAGGAGAAGUCUAUAUUGAGGGUUCAAUCGAUAAGAACAAAAAGUAUAAAAUGUAUUACAAGGCAUUGGAGGAACGAGCGAAACGAUCCAAGAAGGGAAUGUGGGCCAAAGCCAGCACAAGUGAAUCUCCCAAAGACUACAAACGAAGAAUGAAAAAGGAGCAGUGA